AUGGACUUCGAAACGUUCUUGUUCUACGUUUACGUCGUUGUCGGCGCACUGGUAUUUGUGUCCAAUGGCUAUUUUGCGCAUAUUCUGAUUCGGCAUCAAACGUUGCUGCAGCGCUAUGGUAUCAUCAUUGUACAGAUGAUUGGAAAUGCUGCCACUGGUGCUGCGUUAGUGUUAGCAGGAGUUGCGCGACUUAUUAUGAUACAUGCUGGUUUUGAGACGCUCACCAGUAAACGAAUGUGCAUGCUCACUCCAUGGAACUUACUUUUUAUUUGGUACAACUUUUUUUUUCAAUGGUCACUGACAAAAGCAAGUGUUUUGUGA